ACGUUGUUUCUUAAAUUGCCGUGGUUUAUUACAAGAAUCGGAACUCACCUGCUGGAAAAUUGGAUAUUCUAAAUUAAGUCGAGAUGCUGAAGAGAAAUGUGAAAGGAGUAUUAAAGACGGAAGAUGAGAUGUUUAUGCGACGUGUUUGCGGAGUUAUGGAUACGAAUUCUUUUGAAAGUGCUGUUGUGCGUGACAACUCGUCGACGAGUCUCCGCGCUCUUUUCCCUCUGGGCGCCCUCACGAAUCACCAGUGCAUUCCCAAUACGAGGCACAUCGUCGAUUCCAAGGGGGAAUUGUAUGUGUAUUCCACGACGUCGAUCGCCAAGGGCGAGGAGAUCACAAUGACUUAUACCGAUGUGCUUUGGGACACGUUAAUGAGGCGAAAAUUUCUCCGAGCGACCAAGCAUUUUUGCUGCUGCUGUACCAGGUGUUCCGACGUCACGGAAUGUGGCAGUUUAUUAGGAGCGUUAUAUUGUGCCGAGGACCAAUGUUUUGGUAAUUUGCUGCCCGAUGAUCCAUUGUGUUUCAAUAGUGCUUGGACUUGCAACGAGUGUGGCCUGGUUAUUAAGAAUAAACAGAUUUCCUCGAUUAGGGCUGGCAUAGCAGCAGCAAUCGAGGAAGUUUUAUAUACAAACCCGCGACGAAUCUUAAGAUUUAUACAGAGGGAAUUGAGUGUAUUGAUUCCUGCAACAAAUUACGUGACGAUGGAAAUGUUGUUUAGAGUCGUAUCGUUAUUCGGACGGGUUAAUGGAUUUACUUGGCAAGAAUUGAGCGACGAGGAUUUAAACAUAAAAAUACAGUUUUGUAAUACACUAAUUGAAUGCUUGGAGAAAUUAAAUUGCGGCGAUUAUACGAAAAAAGGUAUCAACGACAAUGUUUCAGAAUUUUUUUUCUUGUCAAUUAAUGUAUCAAUACUUGUACAAUUAAUGUUGUAUCUUUAGGCUUAAUCUUGUAUGAAUUAUAUUGCACGAAGGUUGAAAAAUUUAAAUAAGCACCAGCAGGAAAGGAAAAUUUGUAUGUACCUACGAAUCAUGAGAUCAACCCUACCGUAAGCGAUGACAUUUUGCUGGAAGCAAUGAGAAUUUUGAAAAAAGAUGUUGUAGCACCCAACGAUUAUCAGAAAAUGUAUGCUGAAAAAUC